AUGCCUAGAGAACGACGUGCGAACAUCGGCCGCCGCACAAGACAUGCAAGCAAGCAACAAGUCUAUUCAAGGAACUUAAGAGAAGAAAGACAAAAUAUAAUAAGAGAAAAUGACCGAUUGAGACAUCGCGUGAGCACACGAAGAUCAUUGGCAUCAUACAAUCGCUUGGCAUUCCAAUAUGAUCCCACUGCGAACUACAGUGAUGAUGAAAAUUUGGAUAUUGGACGAAUGACGACUAUAUGCCGAUAUUGCAAUGCGUUAAAGUUCAAAAGAGAAACGGUUGGAUUGUGCUGCGCAAGUGGAAAAGUCAAACUGGAUCCAUUACUUACACCACCACAGCCACUGAAAACAUUGUUUGAUGGAAGUGAUCCCGAUUCCAGCCAUUUUCUUCAACACAUCCUUGAAUACAAUAACUGCUUUCGCAUGACUUCCUUUGGAGCUAAUAUCAUUCGAGAAGGCGGCUUCAUGCCGACUUGCAAGAUACAAGGUCAAAUAUAUCAUUUGCAUGGUUCAAUGGUGCCAACCACACCAGAUGAACCGCAUCAAUUUCUGCAAAUAUAUUUCAUUUCGUCGAUGGUGGAUCAGCUGAACGUGCGGUGCAAUAUACAGGGAGCACAACAGUUAAAGAGACGAAUUAUUGAACAGUUGCAAGCAUUUUUUCACGCUAAUAAUGCUGUGGUUAAUAUGUUCAAAACAGCAUUGGAACGAAUGCCAUCGGAUACGCACAAAUUUGUCAUAAGAGCGGAUUGUACUCCAACAGGUGAACAUGUGCGAAGAUUCAAUGCACCCACCGUUAAUGAUGUUGCUGCAAUUAUUGUUGGCGAUCCAACUAAAUCACGAGACAUUGUCGUUCAGCGAAGAAGCAAUAUCAUGCAUCGUGUAAACGAGACACAUCGUUUGUACGAUGCGUUACAAUUUGGAAAAUCAUUGUUUUUCACAUGGACAAAAACUCAAAAACUCCGUUGGAUAAUUUACUACAUCAUCGGGAUUUGUUAUUGA